AUGGGACGAAGGCCAGCCAGGUGCUAUCGCCAGAUCAAGAACAAACCCUACCCGAAAUCCCGUUUCUGCCGUGGUGUUCCGGACCCUAAGAUCCGAAUCUACGAUGUGGGUAUGAAGAAGAAGGGCGUGGAUGAGUUUCCCUUCUGCAUCCACCUCGUUUCUUGGGAGAAAGAAAACGUUUCGAGCGAAGCUCUCGAGGCCGCUCGUAUCGCCUGCAACAAGUACAUGGCCAAGUUCGCCGGAAAGGACACCUUUCAUUUGCGGGUUAGGGUUCACCCCUUCCAUGUUCUCAGGAUCAAUAAGAUGCUUUCUUGUGCCGGAGCCGAUAGGCUUCAGACUGGUAUGAGAGGUGCUUUUGGGAAGCCCCUGGGUACUUGCGCUAGGGUUGAUAUUGGUCAGGUGCUUCUCUCUGUUCGUUGCAAAGAUAGCAACAAGAACCAUGCUCAUGAGGCUCUCCGCCGUGCCAAAUUCAAGUUCCCUGGUCGUCAAAAGAUCAUUGAGAGCAGGAAAUGGGGCUUUACCAAGUUCAGCCGAGCUGACUAUGUCAGGUUGAAGGCAGAGCAUCGUAUUGUUCCUGAUGGUGUCAAUGCCAAGCUUUUGGGAUGCCAUGGAUCUUUGGCUUUGCGCCGUCCUGGAGGAGCAUUCAUUGAUGCUGCUGUGAACUGA